GAAGAAGUUAUAGAUCUUUAGAAAAGAAGUAUAGAGACGAAUCUCAACUCAGGUUAUACGCCAACUCCUCCAAAGUUAAUUAAAACGCACUACCGCCAGUGGCCCUUAAAAGCCGUCUUUCCGUGCAAUGAAGCACAAGGAGGCAAAGCUGCCAAUGGCUGAUCAGACUGGUGGAGCCGGAAACAACGGGGCAGCAAACAACAAAAAUUUUCGUCUGAAAUACGCCGUUGAUGCCGGAUUCUUAUCCGGUCCACACCCUAACGACACGCCGAACGCCCUUGCCCUCGAUGACGAAGAAUCUGGUAGAGCCCCGAGCUCUGACGACUCAGAGAGCUGCGAAUCGGCUGGUGAGUCGCCGCGACUGGCCAGUCUGGCAGCGAGCUUCCGCGUCUUCUCGGAGUCGCUGUUGAGAAUGGAGCGAGCCCAAUUGGAGAUGGCCAAGGCGAGGGAAGCCUCGCGAUUGGAAUCGGAGAAGCGGCGGAUCGAAUCGGAGGCCGAGCUGACUCGGAUGAUGCUGCAGACUCAGUUGCAGAUGGCCUCAUUUGUCUUGCAGCAGAGUCCGAGUAGGAAGCGGAAGCGCGUCGAAGAAGAUCAGUCGCCAUUAUUUUCUGAAAGGGAAGGAGCACUGCUUUUCAGUUUUAUCCAGUGCAAUCUGCUCUUCUGAGGUCACUUAUGGCCCCAAUUCAUAGGGAAACUAUGUAUUUAUUACUUCUGCCCUUUUUUUUUCUCGAGAAAACAAUAAAAUGAUAUUGAGCAAUGCUGUUCAGUUUUAUCCAGUGCAAUUUGCUCUUCUGAAGUCAGUUAUGGCCCCAAUUCAUGGGGAAACUAUGUAUUUAUCACUUGUUCUUCUCGAAACAAUAAAAUGAUGUUAUUUGUAAGUGUCA